CCCCAUCCGUCAGCGACUUUGGUAGCCGCUCUGGGCCCACCGUCAGUGACGAAGCACCGCAAAUUUGCCGACUCAGCGCUCGUUGGACCCGCAUGUCAGCGAGUGGCUCACCUACGGAACGGCACCUUGAAAUGGCCCCCUUGGCGCCUAAACGAAACCGUUGCAGCAAUCUCUUCUUCCCCCUCGCCCUCUGCUCCAUCGCCUUCCUCCCUCGAGACACAGCGCCAAGAAACCAAGAAGUCGAGAAGGAUCCGCGAGAGCGAUGGAGGUGUUCGAGGGCGCGGACUUCGUGCGGCUCCUGAGCGUGAGGCCCGGCGGCGCCGGCGGAGCGCCGCUCUACGUCCACGCCGACGAGGACGGCCGCUCUACGUCCACGCCGACGAGGACGGCCGCUCCGUCCGCCUCGACCCCCGCCGCGCGUUCUACAACUCGGUGUGGGCCGUCCAGCGGCGCGUCUCCCACGCCGCCGCCUCCUCCUCCGGCGCCGGCGGCACGCUCUACGUCCUCCUCCGCGGCGCCUACGGCCGCUACCUGGGCGGCCCCGACGCCACGCCCACCGCGUGCGGAUGCUUCCCCUUCCCCUGCCCCUGCCUCUGCUGCUGCCCCUGCCGCGCCGCCGCGCAGCGUGACUUCGACCAGCCCGAUGUCCCGGCCAUCCAGUGGCGGGCCGUCGCCACGGGCGGCGCGCACGUCCUGCUCCACGACGCCGCCGGCCGCUACCUCCGCGCCGACUGCCCGAGGUGCCUCCGCUCCGGCGUCUCUGUCUCCGCCUGCGCCAGCCUCGGCACGGCGGUCCAGUGGACGGUGGAGGUCGUCCCCCGCCGCCGUUCCAAUGGCAGGCCCGAGCUCCCGAUCGCACGCGAUUCGGAGUGGUUCAACCUCUUCGCCUGGGUAUGCCCGCCGCUGGCCCGCGUCUGCGCGCGAUGGUUCUCGCUGGAGCGGGAGAUCCGGUGGGUCCCAGCUGACGGCGACGGUAGCUUCAGCGAGGAAGACUGGGCGUCGCUCCGGUACGUGGGGAGGCCAGCGAUCCUCCUGAGGACGGAGCUGGUGCACCUGCUGGCCCCGCCGCUGCUCUUCUUCCGCCUCACGCUCUGUAUCCGCGCCGGCCGCUACGGGCAGCCCAGCCCUCUGUCCAUCGACCUGCCUCGCAGCCGGGAGCCGUUGGCCAUCGUGGUCUUCAGGACCGGCACAAGAGGGGAUGAUGCGCUGAUAUUCCCAGAUCUGAAUGCAGAGCCGGGAACGGCAGCAGACGACGAUGAACUGCUGCUACCCUAGGGCCCGACCGACCACGUCUCGUGAUUCUGUGUCUUUGAAGCCAUCGCAGUACCUCCCGGAUAGUGUGAUAGCAUGCCGGAUUGGAUUCUGAGGGGACUCCAAAGUCCAAACAGCGGUUUCGGUGUUUCUGCCAGUUUUGCUAGGAUAGAAGUCUUCGGUUGACGCUGAAAUCAGUUUUCAGACACAACCUGUCAGGUUUCAGCUGAUAUGCUUUUUGUUGGCCUUUUUUUCUUCCUGCUGUGGGAUGGCUUAAAAUCCUGAAAUUUUCAGGGCUAAAAUGUUUGUUUGAAUCCUGUCUUGCACAUUGCCAUUGGUUACAGUGUUGAGUCUGGACAGGGCAAAUGGUAGUUUGAAUCCAGUCUACAUGUUGUUAGUUCCUGCAGCAGAUUGUUCUGGUUCCAACACAUGAUUUUUCAAUGCUGCUGCUGCAAGCAUGUUUUCCUUUUUCAUUUAGGCAUGUACAAUGGUUGAUAAGACUGCUUUAUCUUAGGUGUUCCACGUCAUUUAGAAAAGACAACAAAACAUGUUAUACAA